CACAUUGAAGAGCAUUUGUAGCAGGAGGGCAAUAAUGGUAUGUGAUGUGAUUAAUGUGAUUGCAAUCGAGAAUUGCAAGUGCCUUAGGAGGAUCCCUCUUUAUCUUCCCUUGCUUGAUAAUAAUCAACCAUCUCUUCCUCGUUCCCUCAAACAAAUCAUUGUAUGGCCACAAGAAUGGUGGGAAUCAUUGGAGUGGGACCAUCCCAAUGCAAAAGAAGCCUUUGUACCCUUGCUUACAUUCUAUGGAAGUAAAAAGGUGCAAUUCACCAACAUUGAUAUUGAUGAAGAAAAUACUUUGCUGAUGCCUUCUGUACAAGAAUUAAUUAUUGAACGAUGUAACAAUUUAAGGAGCUUAAAUGAUAUCUCUACCAUUAAAGAUGCAACAGAAUUGAAGCACUGCCGGAUUAGGAGUUGUCAAGGUGUGCAGUGUGUUCUUUCCUCGUUCAUAAAUCCACUUGUCCAAAAGCUUGAGGUUGUGUGUCUUGAAGAUUUGGAAAACUUGGAAGCCUUGUUUGGAGCAGAAGCGAUUACCAAGUCACCACAGCCACCAGACACUUUUUCUUCUCUUAUAACAAUAAAGGUUUGGAAAUCCCACAAGAAUGGUGGGAAUCAUAUGGAGGGAGCACCUAUUGUUACCCUGCAACGUUUCAUUUUCACCAUGGCUUCUCCAAUCGAUGUGGAAAAAGGAACCUGAGAUAAUCGCAUUUAUCUCUUCGUGAGCAUCAAGGAAUUUGAUAGUUGUCAGAGGAGGUGCUCCCCAAUUCUCAAUUUGUAGUGUGUUGUUUUGUAUCAUUUUCUAUAACUGGUAAGAGUGCUCGAUGCCAACCUUUUGUUUUGGGUUUUCAAUCAUUAAUGUUUUGAAUCAGUGGAAUUGAUAAUUGCACCACUUCCUUUAGGUUUUGCUAUUAAUGCCAUGGAUCUGAAUUGCCAAAAUAUCAACAUGAUUUAUCUUUUAGCUCAAUCUUGGAGUCCCAGUUACAUGUUACAAACUACAAUGGUCUAUUUAAUUAGGUCUUUUGGGUCUUGGGAUUUUUGUCAACUCAAUUGUGUUGACAUUAUGUGUGUUGGAUUGGGUACUAGGACCUAAUUCUAAUGGAAGUUUGGGUAUCUUGUAAAUAUCAGAUUAGUCAUUCUAUGUAUAGGAAUUUUUGGUUGAAAUGCAGUUGCUUAAUCAAAUAUCUUGAAUCAU